AUGUUCCACAUCAGUGUGGAAGUUGCCAAAUAUGCGUUCAACCUCUUCAUCAUCAUUGGCGAAGACUUCGUCACCUUCCGCCUCCAGAGGGACGCUGAAGAUCAAGGGGAGAGCGAACUCGCACAGCUUCUUCGAUGGGCGGCGACAUCCAUCGGGGGACAGGGGGAGCCCAACGGCAAAAUUGACGUAGAAAAGUACCAAGACAGCGUCUGGGCAUCUUGCCAGAAAUGCCUGGAUGCUGCAGCCGACUUGCUCAAGAACGCUCGUCCUCGUGUAAUUGAAGUUACCCUAGAACACGAUGAGCAAGGCAAAUUCAAAGAGGUUCAAGGAGCCUCAACCACGCUUCAAGUGGACUUCAAAGUCGGAGAGUCGGCCAUUGAUCCCAAGCAGAGAAUGCCCUGUAUGGAGCAAACCAGGUGGAGUCUCAUUGGAGGAAGACUUGUGGUUUACGCCUUGCUUUCUAAACAAUAUCGAUUAUCGACACGCAAUGUCAUUGUGGGAGAAGCAUUUACAAUUACAACCAACAAACCCGACCACUAUCAUUGA